UCUAUGUUUCUAUCUGCUGCUGAAAUCUGCUCAGAAUGGGGACUUAAAAAUGCUUCGGAGUUUGCUGGAGACGGGAGUGAGCGAUAUAAACUUCCGGUACAGUUACUACUGGACUGCCACCAUGUGUGCAGCGUACAGUGGGCAGCUGGAAGCAGUGAGAUGCUUGCUGAGUCUUGGAGCUGCAUGGGUCGGAGUGUGUGACUGCACGGGAUGCGAUGCUCUGGAUUUGGCCCGACAGGCUGGACAAGCAGAAAUGGUCACUGCUCUGCAGGAAUAUCACACUCGUCCAGAGGAACAAGAAGACCGCAGGCCUCCACACUGCGGCGCUGUGCAGAGCAGGAACGGCAGCCAUCGCGGGCUCCAUCACCACCGUCCCCGUGGGUGGAACGGUGAGGUUCCCCGUCCUACAUCACAGCCAGGAGAGGUUCGAGGUGGCGAUGGGGCGGGUCCAUCCUGAUCUUGCAAUCCUGGCCUGGAAGUCUGACAGCCUGGAAUAUCCGUACAUCGUCCGCCCGUCCUACAGGGACAGGGUCCGCUUCCGACGGGACACCUUCAUCAAGCUGGGAGCCGUGAGAUCUGGUGACCAGGGGACGUACGAGGUGCAGACAAACUACUUGGGGAGGGAGCUGAGGAACCGGGACCGGGAGCGCUUUGAGCUGCGAGUGGUCGAGCCAAUGUCCACACCGACCGUGGAGGUCAGCUACAACUCGUCGCAUCUCACGGUGAACUGCUCCACCUUCAGCGGCUGCCUAAUCAUCGCACGGGGCAGCACACCUGCACCUACACCUACGUCGCAGAAGAUUGCCGCAGCAGCCGCGCAGUCCCUGCAAUGCUACACAGCGACACACUGCCCAGAGGGUCCAGGAGUCGUUGGGCGAUCGUUCUCACCGCAUUCCUUCUCUCCGCGAUCCUUCUCUCCGCGAUCCUUCUCUCCGUGA